AUAAGAAUUUUUUUACUUUUUCGUAUACGGUGUAUCGCGAGAAAUUCCUGUGCAAUAAUCAAAUUAAACAUCAAAAGAAAAUUAUAGAUGUAAAAGUUUACAAAUGAUUAAAAUGUUUAUACAAGUAUUUGUACAAAAAAGUAUGAAAUAAUGAAGUAGACUACAGAAGAGUGCCUUUGGUCCACAAAAAAGACACCAUCGAACCUGAUUUCAAUAAAUCAGUUUUAAGAAUUCGUAGCAUAAAUGUAAUUACUACAUUCCACUGAUUAAUUAAUAGUUUUAGAAUUUGAUGAAUAUGCCAAAAAAAUGGAGUCUUUUCCCUUAGUUCCUUCUAAUUCACCAAAAGAAAAUCCGGACACUUUGCAUGUUUUACGUGAAGUGUUUCAGGGGUUCAUUACGCAGGAUGAUUUUCCCAUAAACAUUGCCAAAAAUAUAACAAAGCAAAAUAUCAGUGACCCUCUUGUUAAGGAAAUUGGGGAAAAUGCAUAUAAUAUAUACCAAGAUACGCAAACGGAAAUAGCAGAAAUUACUAAAACCGAAGAAAAUAUUAUGCUAACUCAUGGAAAAUUACUCAUUACACAGGAUGCGAUUGAGAAAGAUAAGUGCCUUAUGGAAAGCCUAAAACUGAAAAGAGUAAAUAUGUUGUCAUCAUUAGAUGAAGAAAGUUUAGCAAAAUUUCCACUACUCCAGAAGGCUGACAUUUUUCCUAAUAAAAUAAAACGGUGUAUAGAUUUCAGAUUUUAUCAGAACGAAUGUGAGCAUAUGUGCCAACACGCUAAAGACAAGUGCUCGAAUAAAAUUGAGAAAUGCAAGCCUAAAUCUUCCAAGUUUAAUAAAAUAAAAAAGACAAACAAAUUUCUAAAAUUUUACGAUCGUGAUAUCAAUAACUUCACACCCAAGCAACUUGUUAAAUUUACAAAAUUUUUAAUGGUCAAGGAUCCUGAGCAACUCUUUAAACUACCAAAAAUUGAAAAAAGAAAAUACGAAUGCCAAACUAUUUUUAUAGCAGUUCCAGAAACCAUAGUCUUUCAUAACUAUAAAGUGAAUAUACCUUAUGAGAAAAAAUUUAAAUUGCAAAAUGUAUCGUCGUCAAUGCAAUCUUUUAUUCCGCAAGAGAUGUCUAGAAAUUCUCACUUCAAGCUUCACUUAACUUCGGAUUCAUUAAGAAUCGCUCCAGGAAUGUGUGCUACCUUUAAAGUGUCUUUUAAAACUGAUACAUAUCAAGAUGAACGUCGAACAAUAACAUUUAGGACAUGUAAAGGAUGUGAUGUUACAAUUAAUUUAAUCAGUUUUAGAAAUUCGCCAGUUCUUCAUGCUUAUGUUUAUAGAUUACUAGAUGAUUACUAUAAUCGUACAGGCUCUUCAUCAUCCCUUCAACAGAAUUUUAAUGCAGCUAGAGCAGCUGCUUUAAAUUCUACUAUAGAUUGUGGUAGUUGUCUUUUAGGUACUGGUUUAUUUUUAAAUGUAAUUUUACACAACGAAGGGGAGAGUGGUUCUUUUUUCUUAAUGAGCGAGCAAGAUUGGUACAAUUAUGAAGUUAAGGAUGUUAGCGAUUGCAUGAUUUUAUCUACACCUAGUUCUUUUCAAAUUUAUCCCACUUAUUUUCAUAUCAAUAAAUACGAGUUGGUGGAGCUUAGUGUGGUGUUCUUCCCCUUGUCUAAUGGAUUACAGACCGAGAAAAUUUUUAUGCUUUGCGAUAACACAUCUAUUGAAGAAAUAGAAUUAACCGGUGAUGGGAUAACUUUUGAUGAAGAUUUUAUCAAGUUGGAGAUUCCAGAAAAGUUAACUGACUUUUCUCUAUUUAUGGACGAAGAAUCAACUUAUUACAUUCAUUUUGGAAACACUCUGCCUUUUAUAACCCAUAUUAAAACAUUUACCAUCCAUAAUUUGAGUUCUUUAUUCAUACACUUUCGAUGGAAGUUUAGAAAAAGUAAUAAUACAUCCCCUGCUACUAUUUUGGAAAGAAUAGAAUCUGACUGGGCGGAAAUUACUCCAAAGGAGGGAGUACUGACGCCAGAUAACGCGCAAGAAUUUCAAAUAAAAGUUUUCGUAAAUAAGUACAAUCCAGGACUGUAUAGCGCCGUCUUUUCCUUCUACAUAUUGAAUAUACCGCAAUCUAGUCUAAGAUCAAACUGGAACUUUACCGUAAUUGAAAGGGACUUAGUUCAGCAUGGUCCCUAUAAGUCGCAAUAUGUUGACAUUAUUAGAGCCGAAGUCGAGAUGGUUUUGAAUAUAGUGACUCUAAGUCUAGUAAUUGUGCCCUGCCCUUAUACGUCUCCGGUUAUUUUAGGGUUUAAUGAUUUACAUAAACAUGAAAUUAUGCUGUAUACCGAGGACAUUUUUCCGUUGAAAUGUGAAUGGCUAUCGAAAAAUAAAUCUGAAGGCACUUGUACCCAAAUUUCUCCAAGUAUAUUUACAAUAUAUCCCAACGAAGUAACCACUUGUGAAUUAGUAAUAUUCGUGAGAAGUUAUGAAGAUAUUAAAGAAAAUCACACUCUAUCGAUUAAUAAUGGCAGUUUUACCAAAGAGUAUGAAGUUUUUGUUAAAGUCGGUAAACCGUACGCGAAAUUUUCAAGAAGAUUAAUUAAUUUUGGUCCGUGCAUAAUUGGAAAAGUAUUUACGGAGGAGUUUUGUGUAACAAGCUCAGAAUGUACGGAAAUUAAAUGGAAAAUUUUGGAGUAUCGGUAUGAUCAGGAUAAAAAAGGGAUAAUUAAGUUAUCCGACUUGAAUCAUUUGUCGCAAACUGAAGGUGUGCUUAACAAAAAUCGAAAUACACAGACUAUUACUUACUCGAUGUCACACCAAACAGAUGCUGUUUGGUUAUCUUUUCUUGUUCUUCUAACGUCUGCUGCAAACAUGAAAACGGUCAGUUCGACUUGUUUUAUAACUUACGAAAUUAUAUCGCCCCGUUUAAUAAUACAUUCUUCAACGUCUGAAGGGGCAUUAAUAUGUCCUUCCCAUCUUUUAUACAUAAAUAAUACUAAGACGUAUCCCAUAUGCUUGCACAAUGAUGGUUAUGUACCAGCAACUUAUGUAUGGGGUGUACCAUACGGGAAAGACGUCCACGCCUUUAAAAUAAAUUUUGGUCCCCGAUGGGGAAAAAUAGAACCGCAAAGUUGUAACCACAUUAAGUUUAGCAUCACGCCCAUAGCAAAUGGUAUUUUUAAAGUUAUGGUACCUUGCUUUAUAGGAAAAAUAAAAAAACCGUUAGUACUUACGAUAAUUACUAACACGAGUAAUAUUUAUGUUUAUAUUCAUUUACCUGAAGUUAAUGGUUCAUACAAACAAGUUUUGUGGCCAGUGAAUUUCGAAGAUUACGAAUACGGGACGAUGGGAGAAUGUGUAUGUUUUCCAAAAGAAAUGUACGACAUAUGUAAAGAUGUGAAAAUUGAAGAUGUUCGUUUGGAAGAAGUAGGCGAAGAACGUCCGAUUGAUGGGCAAAUGCCUCCCAUGGACUAUAAUGUAAGAGAUCACCUCAUAAACUAUAACGACGAUUUUAUGGAGGAGAGUCCUGUUGCACCAAUACCUUGCACUCCUAGUAGUUCAGUUACAACCUCCGAAACAGAAUUAGAUGUUUAUCCCAUUACAAGAGAAAAAUUAAAGGAAAUGUUUGGCGAAAAUGUUGUUUUGAGAGAUCACAUAGUCGAACUAAAGAAAGUACCUCACAGAGUACCGUAUCAGACAAGUGUAAAAAUAGAAAAUCUCACUCCAUUACUUGGUUGCGCAACAGUUAAAACUGUAAAUUUUUUUCCUGUUAGACGUGAAGACGAAUGCAAUGUAGAAUUGUUAAUGAACAAAUUAAAUUUGGACAAGUUUAAUAAAUGGGAUGAAAUAAUGGGAAAAGAUUUCGGACUUGUGGUAAAAGCUGAGCCCACUAUUGUCAAACUGAAACCUACGGAAAUGACAAAUAUUGAUUUAUUUGUUUACGGGGACACUUGGGGAACAUAUAUAGAAGAAGUGGUUAUAGAAAUUAAUGACGUUAGAUCGUUCUGCUUUACGUUGAUUAUUGAAAUCGUGGGGUUCCCGGUGGAAUAUCCACUUGCUGUGAAUUCAAUUACAAAAUACCCGACCAUCAGGUUUGGAAGAGUCUCUUACAUUUCCGAGCCUGUAGUUAAAUUACUGAAAGUAACAAACACCAGCUCGGUGCCAAUAUUUAUAAAAUGGCACACUUUCGAGGCUCCGUGCAAAUACGAAAAAUUACCCUUCAACGUAAUUUUUGACCUUUUUGACGACAACAAUUCAAAUACGAGAGGUGAAAUACAUUUAACAAAUCAGUAUCAUGGAAUUGAGAAAUCAGAUAAGUUUGAGCUUCAGCCCUGGGAACUCCAUUUACCCCCCAAAUCUACCAGUUGUGUUAAAAUUAGCCUUGACCCCAGUACUAUCAACAUAAAUGACUUUAAAGAAAAACAGGAGUUUUGGUUAAUUGGACAUUUAUAUGUAACCGACCAAUAUAGUUUUUACCCAAACAUGUGCAGAAGGAAAACCGAUGUAGAAUUCCAGGCAACGAAAGUAAAUUUACAUGCAGUCAUUGAAAUUCCAUCACUCAAACUUCAAAAUGUGGAAGACGAGCUUAAAUUCCGUAUUUACGCAACCGAUUCGAUAGAAAACGGAGUAAAAACGAUAAGCAGAAAGUUUUUAUUUAGAAAUGUUAAACAGUCGGAUUUCAUUAUAACAAGAGCAUAUGUGAACAAACCAUUUCACAUUGUUCAACUGGAAUCUGAAUUUGGAAAGACAAAUGAGAAGGACAAUAUUUUUUUAACCGUCCCGCCAGGAGGUUGUGUAGAGAUAACGGUAAAAUGUACAGUUACACGACAAAUGAUAUUAAAAUGCGUGAAACAGAUGAUAGAAUUACCAAAAGAGAUAGCAAUUGUGCAUCCAUUAAUAGUUUUUCAACGAGACUAUGAGCAACAACUAGUGCCACUGAUGUUAGAAGUUUUAUAUCCUCAAAUGAAGGUGCUACCCUCAGAACUAAAUUUUGGCGAUGUUGUUAUUGGAAACACAAUAAAGAAGUCAGUAACUGUAUUAAACUGCAGAGCAAAAGAACUAAACAUACGAGUAGUAUCAGAAUCUAAAUGCGGGGAAUUUGUCGUUCUUCCUCAACAAGCAACUAUAGGGAAAGCAACAAGUGGUGGUAAUGCAUACGUUCUUUUAUUCAUCUAUUUUACUCCAAGGGACACUUUGGAAUAUCACCAAAUGAUUGAGGUGCACACUCCUAUUCCAAACUAUAAAGACGUAAUAACAAUGUCCGGUUUUGGUGUAUGGGAUACCCGAUAUCUUGUUGAGACAAUUUAAACAAUGAGGGAUUUAUAUAAUAAAAAUUCCAAAAUAAUGGGGACAUUUUUAUUGAUAACUACCGUUUUACAAAACAUGCUAUGAAAAAACCAACCGAAUCAAUGUCACAGUCGGAAUCAAAUCUUUGAAGACAUGAAAGUUGCUCAUCAUUUAAGCCAUUAACGAAAAAUCCUCUAGUGCCAAAGGAGUUUUCGACUUUUACAAGUUUUAAAGAAGAAAAUUUUUUUAAUGCCCAUGCAACAAUUUCUUCAUUUUCGGCUACGGUUAUUGUACAAGUGCUAUACACAAGAGUGCCACCUGGUUUUAAUAAAUUUGCAGCCUAUGAACAAAUUGUGUACCUCAAUAUACAUGUAAUCAACAGUCAACACUAUUUAUUAAUGUAAUUUUAUUUUACAAAAUAAACGAUUCCU